AGACAAUAAUGUGCUGAAAGCUGGGGUGGGGUGGUGGCUGGGUGGAGGGGAGCAAAGAGAGGUAAAAUAGUUGACAUCUGUAAUACUAUCAACAAUUUUUAAAAAAAGAAGACAUUGAAUCAAUAAUUAAUAGCCUUCCUAAACAAGAACUACCAGUCUCAUAAAUUGGCUCUGAAACAGACACAGACCUUCACUAUUUACUCUGACCAGCAGCCAGGUGUGCUCAUCCAGGUUUAUGAUGACGAGUGCACCAUAACCAAGGAUAAUGAUCUACUUAGCAAGUUUGAACUCAUAAACCUAUCACCUGUACUCUGAUGUUCCUCAGAUUGAAGUCACUUUUGAUAUUAACACCAAUGGCACCUUCAAAGUCUUUGCUGGGGAUAAAAACACAGGAAAAGAGUAUACGGUUAUCAUCACUAACCACAAGAACCAUUUGAGCAACAAAGACAGCGAACAUAUGGUCCAAGAAGCUGAGAAGUACAAAGCUGAAGAGGAGAAGAAGUGGGACAAGGCAUCUUCCAAAAAUUCACUUAAAUUGUUGGCAAUCAACAUAAAAGCAAAUGCUGAAGAUAAGAAACUUCAUGUUAAGCUCAGUGAUGAGGAUAAACAGAUGAUUCUUGACAAAUGUAAUGAAAUCAUCACCUGGUUUCAUAGGAAUCAGACUGCAGAGAAGGAAGAAUUUGAUCAUCAGCAGAAAGAGCUGGAGAAAGUCCGCAGCCCUAUGUUUCCCAAGCUGCCCCAGAGCAGGAGGUAAGCCAGCAGGAAAGCCUGGGGCUUCCCUAGUGAUGGAGCUCCUCCACCUGGUGGUUCCUUCUCCUGGACCCACCAAUGAAGAGGUGGGUCACGCCAGACUGAUCCACCUCUUAGUUUUUGUUCCAUACAAAACAUUGAAAGACCCAAAUUUGCACCAAAUUCCAUGGCAGUUUUAAGGAUGAGCUACCAUAGUAAGUAACUGGCAAUCUCUAUACUUGCAUAUAGAAUAUGUGUACAGGGGCAGGAAAUAACCUUGCACUUUCUAGGCACCGCAGUUUAAGGAUAAAACACAAUGUAUUAAAUCAAACUGAAUUUGAAAUUAUCACAAAAAAUACACACAAUAAAACUCCAUCUCAUUAUAAACCACAAACAUUUACUGCAUUGAGAUAUAGUUUAGUUCUAAGGAUAUAGGACAAAACUAUUGAGGUAUGUUUCCCUGGGCCUGAAUAGUGUUAAUCAUGAGAGUGGAUACUUGAGGGGACACUUUGUACUGAGAACAGAUUACCAAGUGGCAGUGCUGUCUUCAUUUUCAUUAAUAAAUGCAUUUUG